GCUCAGACCAUGAACUACGUGGGGCAGCUGGCCGGCCAGGUCUUCGUCACGGUGAAGGAGCUCUACAAGGGGCUGAACCCGGCCACACUAUCCGGAUGCAUUGACAUCAUUGUCGUCCGCCAGCCCAAUGGCAAUCUCCAGUGCUCCCCUUUCCACGUCCGCUUCGGGAAGAUGGGGGUCCUGCGCUCUCGGGAGAAAGUGGUUGACAUAGAAAUCAACGGGGAAUCUGUGGAUUUGCACAUGAAAUUAGGAGACAAUGGAGAAGCGUUUUUUGUUCAAGAAACUGAUAACGAUCAGGAAAUGGUCCCCAUGUACCUGGCCACCUCCCCCAUCCUGUCUGAAGGGUCCUCGAGGAUGGAAUGCCAGCUGAAGAGGGGCACUGUGGACAGAGUCAGAGGCCUGGACCCCGGUGCACCAGCCCCCGUCAUGCCUCCUGGAGAGAACUCGUCCAUCGGCUCCUUAGUAAAGAAGAGAAGGAAGAGGAGGAGAAAAUCCCAGCUGGAUAGCUUGAAGAGAGACGACUCCAUCCACACGUCUGAGGAUGAAGACAUGUUCCCCAUCGAGAUGAGCUCCGACGAGGACCGGGAGCCACUGGACGGCAGUCGAACUCUUUCUAAUGAUAUGCCUCCCUUCCAAGAUGAUAUUCCUAAGGAAAACCUUUCCCCAGUCUCCACUUAUCCCCAGUCAUCUUCAUACCCUAAUUCAGAUCGAGAGUGGUCGCCUAGCCCCAGUCCUUCAGGUUCCCGGCCUUCAACACCUAAAAGUGAUUCAGAGUUGGUCAGUAAGUCUGUGGACAGGACGGGGCAGAAGAGUAACCUGGAAAUGCUCUGGCUUUGGGGAGAAUUGCCACAAGCUGCAAAGUCAUCUCCACACAAGAUGAAAGAAUCCAGCCCAUUGAACAGUAGAAAAAUUUUCGACAAAAUCCACUUUCAGACCAUCCAGAGCGAAUCUUCAGACACUUUCAGUGACCAGUCACCAACAUUGGCCAGGGGGCCGCUUCUGGACCAGAGCCAGUCUCAGACAGAAAUGCAGUUUGUGAAUGAGGAGGACAUCGGGGCCGUCGGGGUGACAGCACCACUUUCCCCUGCGAUUGAGGAACUCAAGCCCCCCUCUGCUAGCAUAGUCCAGGCAGUGAAUAAGGCGGAUUCUCCUUCUAGGAAAAAAGAUAAACGAAGUAGGCACCUGGGCUCUGAUGGCGUCUACUUGGAUGACCUGACGGAUAUGGAUCCUGAAGUGGCAGCCCUGUAUUUUCCCAAAAACGGAGACCCUCCCGGGCUCGCCAAACACGCCAGCGACAACGGAGCCCGGUCUGCCAACCAGUCCCCGCAGUCCGUGGGCAGUUCGGGCGCGGACAGUGGCGUGGAGAGCACUUCGGACGGCCUGAGGGACCUCCCUUCCAUCGCCAUCUCCCUCUGCGGGGGCCUCAACGACAACAGGGAGAUCACGAAAGAUGCGUUUUUGGAACAGGCUGUGUCCUAUCAACAGUUUGUGGACAAUCCCGCUAUUAUCGAUGACCCCAAUCUUGUGGUGAAGAUUGGGAAUAAAUAUUAUAACUGGACGACAGCAGCACCCCUACUCCUGGCAAUGCAGGCCUUCCAGAAACCUCUGCCAAAGGCCACUGUGGAAACGAUCAUGAGGGAUAAGAUGCCUAAAAAGGGAGGACGAUGGUGGUUUUCCUGGAGGGGAAGAAACACCACAAUCAAAGAGGAGAGUAAGCCGGAGCAGGGCUUGCCUGGCAAGGGCCACAGCACUGGAGAACAGGCGUCACAGCUGAGCAUAGCCACCAGAAUAAAGCAUGAAUCAUCCUCCAGUGACGAGGAGCACGCAGCCUCCAAGCCGUCCAGCACAAGCCACCUCCCUCUUUUGUCUAACGUCAGCUACAAAAAGACUCUCCGGCUCACUUCAGAGCAGCUGAAAAGCUUGAAGUUGAAGAACGGCCCCAACGACGUGGUUUUCAGUGUCACCACCCAGUAUCAGGGCACCUGCCGCUGCGAAGGCACCAUCUAUUUGUGGAACUGGGAUGAUAAAGUCAUCAUUUCUGACAUCGACGGAACAAUCACCAGGUAGGCGCCACUNGGCCACAUUUUGCCCACCCUCGGGAAGGAUUGGACCCACCAGGGCAUCGCUAAACUAUACCAUAAAGUGAGCCAAAAUGGCUACAAGUUUCUCUACUGCUCUGCCCGUGCCAUCGGCAUGGCGGACAUGACGCGGGGCUACCUGCACUGGGUCAACGAGCGGGGCACGGUGUUGCCACAGGGCCCACUGCUGCUCAGCCCCAGCAGCCUGUUCUCCGCUCUGCACAGAGAAGUGAUUGAAAAGAAACCGGAAAAGUUUAAAGUCCAAUGUUUGACAGACAUCAAAAACCUGUUUUUCCCAAAUACAGAACCCUUUUAUGCUGCUUUUGGAAACCGACCAGCGGAUGUGUAUUCGUACAAGCAAGUGGGAGUGUCUUUGAAUAGAAUAUUUACCGUCAACCCUAAGGGGGAGCUGGUUCAGGAACACGCAAAGACCAACAUCUCCUCGUACGUGAGGCUCUGUGAAGUGGUUGACCACGUUUUUCCGUUGCUGAAAAGAAGCCAUUCUUCAGACUUUCCCUGUUCGGACACUUUCAGUAAUUUCACCUUUUGGAGAGAGCCACUACCACCUUUUGAAAAUCAAGACGUGCAUUCUGCCUCAGCAUAAAAUGUACCAAGCAGCCUCCGACGGCAGUGCAGAGCCGGGGCGUCACCCAUUAAAGGAUAGGUUCUGGGCAGCGUGCGGCUGCAGCUUGG